GCAUUUGCUGCAGGCAGAUCAGGAAAGAAGAAACCUGAUGAAGAGCAGCGAGGGGAGGAAGAGCAGCUUUUCUCCGUGGAUGAAACCUCUGUGUGAUCAUUUGGACAUCCAUGAGGAGCUAAAAGGACCAUCUACUCCCCGAGGACUCAGGUGUGUGGUUAAAGUCAGGGCGGCCGCAGGAUGACCGUCACCUACUCCAGUAAAGUCGCCAACGCCACCUUCCUCAGUUUCCACCGGCUGCUGCUCCGCUGGAGGGGGAGCAUCUACAAGCUGCUGUACCGGGAAUUCAUCCUGUUUACUCUGAUGUACACGGCCCUUAGUGUGGUCUACAGGUUCCUCCUCGCUGAAGAGCAGAAGAGAUUGUUCGAGAAGCUUUCGCUGUACUGCGACAGAUACGCCGAGCAGAUCCCCGUCACCUUCGUGCUGGGAUUUUAUGUGACUUUAGUGGUGAAUCGUUGGUGGAAUCAGUUCGUUAACCUCCCCUGGACCGACAGACUCAUGCUCCUCAUCUCCAGCUGUGUUCACGGCAAAGACGAAUAUGGCCGCCUCCUGCGAAGGACGCUAGUGCGCUACGUGAACCUGGCGUCGCUCCUGAUCUUUCGCUCCGUUAGCACGGCUGUCUGCAAACGCUUCCCGACCAUCGACCACGUGGUUGAAGCAGGUUUCAUGACUCCUGAGGAGAGGAAGGUGUUUGAGGACAUACGUUCUCCUCAUCUGAAGUACUGGAUACCGGUUGUCUGGUUCUCCAACCUGGCAAGUAAAGCUCGGCAGGAAGGACGCAUCCAGGACAGCAUCGACCUGCAGAGCAUCCUCAAUGAGAUGAAUGUGUUCAGGACGUGGUGUGCGACUCUUUUUGGCUACGACUGGGUGGGCAUCCCGCUGGUUUACACUCAGGUCGUCACUCUGGCCGUCUACACAUUCUUCUUCGCUUGUCUGAUUGGUCGCCAGUUUCUGGACCCUGCCCAAGGUCACCCGGGUCACGACCUCGACCUUUACAUCCCCAUCUUCACUCUGUUGCAGUUUUUCUUCUACUGCGGCUGGCUCAAGGUAGCAGAGCAGCUGAUCAACCCGUUUGGAGAAGACGACGAUGACUUUGAGGCCAACUGGAUCAUCGACAGGAACCUUCAGGUGUCUCUGCUAGCGGUGGAUGAGAUGCACAUGACCCUGCCUCACAUGACCAAGGACAUGUACUGGAACGACAGCGACGCGCGCCCGCCGUACACGCUCGCUGCUGCGGACUACUGCAUCCCCUCCUUCCUCGGCUCUACCACCGACAUGGGACUUUCUGACAUCCUGCAGUUUGAUGAAGACGAUGUUUCCGACAGCCGUCCACACAGGAAGGACUCCGUUUUGGCUCAACGCCAGGAGUCGGUUUUGGGUCGAGUCCAGCGGUUGUUCAGCGUUCAGGAGCCUCCAGAUCUCAAACACCCUCGUCCUCUUUUCAAGCGACACAGCAGCGACGCCACCAGCAGCUUCUUCCCAGACUUCAGGACCAAUCAGGUUCCAGUAAACAUGGCUCCACCCUCUUCCCUGGUUGUCCCGCCUCCAUCCAUGGACACCCUGUCCACCUUACGGGAGGUCAGCAGUAACCCACCGUCUCCUGAGAGCUCGUCCUCUGUUGUUUUCCCCCAACUGGUCGUCAGCCCGCCACUGCUUAGUGACGUCGGCCACAAUUGGAAUUCCUGUGGGAACCAUCAGAACGGAAUAAGCCCCUCCCCCUCAGAAGAGGCUCCGAGCUGGGAAAGCCCAAGUGUUCCCACAGCUGGAUCCGGCUGCUGUUCCCCGACCCAGCUGGGACCCAAAGAGUUUCGCUGGACAGCGCUCAGCGUCAGGAAUCGUCCACAAACCCGACCAAGAGGACGUCAGUUUUCACUUCAGUUUUCCAGACAGACUUCCAAGGCCUCAGUCCGCAGCCUGCCGAGUCCCAACGCCCUGGGGCGACGGAGAAAAGCUCUGGGUCGACACCAGUCCCGGCGGUCACCUAGCCCGACCCCCAACACGCUGCAGCUCCCAGAAGCGGACUACGAUCACGACUUCCAAGGAACGGCUGAAAGUGAAGACGAUGAGAAGGAAGAACGUAACCAGGAUGAAGAAACAAGAUGAAACCCAAACAGGGAAGAUCCAACAGAAGAACGGUCACGUGUGGAUCGGUCCGACUCGGGAGGUUAGACCCAGUGACGGGAUAGAAAACCGCUUCAUGAAGGCGCUGCAUUCAGACAUUUUAAUGGAAUUAAAUCAUGUUGAUACGUUUGUUUUUUUAAUCUCAAAGAAAAAAAGACAUUUUGAUCCAAAGAGGGAACGUACCGAGUCACGCUGGAACCAGAACGCUGACCCGCUACGCCUCACAUGGGGAUUUUUCACUUUUCUGUGUUCAAUAAUCAAACCUUUCCAGCUAAA